AUGGACGCAUCACCAAGCAAGCGACGCGUCUUGGCCCCGCUGGAUGCCAACACCAGAUCCCCGGCUGCCACGGCGCGUCUGCCAGCCUCCAAGCUCGAGAUACCCAAGCCAACCAUCUCAAAUGCGUCCGAUCCCACGCAAUCCAGUACCACGAAACGAUCUCUCGACCAGGAGAACGCCCACCAAUGGCCAAACCCAGCCAAGAAGCAGCGGGUCUGGGGUACGGAGAGCAGCACCCAGCCUCCAGCAGUGAAAGAGGAUGCGGUCGAUAGGGUCGCAAGACCGCGUUCCAACUCGCCCAACGAAUCCUCCAUGUUCGACAACUCGACCGCCAACGCCUCCCAAGUCACCGCCAUAACGGAGCCCGACGCCGAGCUGGCAGCAUCUCCAUUACCGGUGCCCCCACGUCGCCAGCGCACCCUGACGCGCGAGGACGCCCGUCAAAAAGCAGAGACCUUGCGGUUACGACUCGGGCUGGCGAGCUACAAGGUGCGGACGGGCCAGACGGACGUGCCCCUCGAACGGCUCCAGGUCAAACCAAUUCCGGGACAACAGCAAGCAGAACCGCAGCUACCGCGUCUACCCGCCCCGGCCCCGACGCGCAACAACACGGUCCGGCCGCACAGCAGCAGGAGCAACGAGGGCAGCAGGAAUCCGAGAAAGGCACUGCCGUCGGCGCCGCUGCUGCAGCGUGCCAGUAGCUUCAGCCACGCGUGUCCUCAGGCGCCGCACAAGAGGAACGCGCUUCCCAGGCCGCCGCCUAAUUCGGUCGAUACCCCGGUGCGAAGGCUGAGUGGCGAGGGUGAGCGGCUCGCCGGUAAUGGGCUCAGGGGUGGUGCGGUGAAGGGACUCAUGAGUCUGUCCCAGAGCUGA